AUGGACACCAGAGCUAUUUUAAAAGCUUCUUGUUUCCUUAUCCUAACGGUCAUCAGCAUCCCAUCUAAUCUGUUCAUCUGCUGUGCCUUCCUUCAUACCCGGCUGAUUGAAGCUAAGCUCACUCCCGCUGAUGUCAUUUUAUGCCACCUGGCCCUUGUCAACUUGGCCUCAACCUUUACCCGCAGUUUUUCUCAGAUGCUGACCUCAUUUGGAUACUGGAGUAUAUAUGAUGAUUUUGGCUGCAAAAUGGUGCUCUUCUUCUUUCGUAUGUCGAAAACUCUCUCCAUAAAGCUCACUUGCCUUCUGAGCACCUAUCAAGCUGUGCUCAUCGCCCCUGCCACAUCCAUACUAGACAGCCUUAAACUCAAAAUCCCAAAGUAUCUUCAGCACAUCAUUUUCAGUCUCUAUGCAUUUUCCUUUGUGUUUAGUGUCCAUCUAAUUCUGUACUCUUCCUCGAGUCUUAUCAACAACACCAUACCCCUCUACACCUUUAAUUAUGAGUACUGCUAUGUUACAUAUCCCGAUUACACUGUUUUCAUUUCCGUAGGUCUAUCCCUCUUUUUCAGGGAUUUUGCCUUCAUAUUGUUGAUGGCUGUCAUGAGUUGCUACAUCUUGAUGCUGCUCUACCACCACGGAACAAAAGUGAAGAGUCUCCGAAGUUCAGACCAUGGAAACUCAGGAUCCAGGCCAGAGGCCAAGGCCUCCCGUGCGGUGGUCACUUUGGUUGUCCUUUACACUGUUUUCUUUGGGGUGGACAAUGUCAUCUGGCUCUAUUCGCUGACCACCGUUAGAGUAGCACCCCUUAUUUCUGACGUCCGAAUCUUCUUUUCCGUUCUCUAUGUAUCUGUGUGUCCUGUUGUGGUCAUUGCAACCAACCCCAAAGUGAGGGGAAAGCUGAAUGUAAGCAAGCUUAAGAGGCUGCCAUCCUCCACAGAUACCAGCUCUUCAACAAUAUAG